GCCUGUCCCUCCUGAGGCCACAGUCCACUGAAGCUCCCCGUCAGUCAACAUGGGUCGCUGGACGCUGCAGAAUUUUCUAAUCCUCAUGCUUCUCUGUCAGGCCAAUGGACAGUAUAACAACAACAGAAGACGGCCGUGGCAUGACAGGUUUGAAUCAGUAGAUGUGUUCUUUGACCGGCAUCACAUAUCAAGAGCAUCGGCCCCUUCUGAAAAUCCUCAAAGAUUCACCCUGGUGGCUCCAGACUUGCUGAGGACAGACAGUCAGGAGAACAUCUACCUGGAGGCGGACACUGUGGCCAGCCCAGUCACCGUCUCCAUCUCCAUCCAGGACUUCACCAAGAGCGUCAUGCUGCUGCAGGACACCGCCACACUUAAUCAGGAGAACGGAUACCACACACUCAAAUCCAUUCAGCUCUCCUCUGAACUCUUGAACCGCUAUGAGAAGAAGAACAAGUUUGUGUACCUGACAGUGAGAUUUGGAGACUUUCACACCGAGGAGAGGACAAUGAUGGUCUCCUUUCACUCAGGAUACAUCUUCAUCCAGACCGACAAACCCAUCUACAACCCUGGAGACAGGGUUCAGUUCAGAGCCUUUGUGUCCUCUCCGUCUUUUAAGUCUUUUGACAGCUCCAUCACCAUCGACAUCCAGGACGCGGACGGUGUGGUGGUUAAACAGAUCGCCAGGACCAGAGCUGCUGAUGGCGUCUAUAAAGACUCGUUCUCUCUUUCUGAAAUUGUCAAAGAAGGCACCUGGAAGGUGAUUGCGAAGUUUGACCACUGGCAGCAGAACACAUUCACCGCCAACUUUGUGGUGAAGAAAUACGUGCUUCCUGCCUUCAAUGUCACCUUAACGCCCAGGAAGUCUUUCCUCAACCUGGACGACACUGAGCUCAGCGUGGAGGUCUCAGCAAGGUACCUGUAUGGAGAACCGGUGCAGGGGACAGCCUACGUGGUGUUUGGAGUGAAGAUCAACAAUGAGAUGAGAAGGCUGCCGUCAGUGAAGCAGGUUUCAGACCUGGAUGGAGGAGUUGUGACUCUGAACAUGCAGGAGAUAAAAACAGCGUAUCCUAACUUCAGGUCUUUGGUGGGAAACUCUGUGUACGUCAAAGCCUCGGUGCUCACUCAGUCCGGCAGUGAUCUAGUUGAAGCAGAGAAGACGGGCAUUAAAAUUGUGGAGUCUCCCUACGUGUUAUCCUUCAAAGACAUGCCAACACACUUCAAACCAAGCCUGCCCUUUGACUUUACAAUCCAGGUGAGCCACCAUGACGGUUCUCCGGCUCGUAACGUUCCUGUGAAAGUCAGCAUGUUAGACACACCUCUGAUCCUCUCAGGCACCGCCAGAGUCACCAUCAACAUGCCGAACGAUCAGCGCCCACAAACCAUCAGUGCGGAGACCACCCAGGCCGGUCUACGACCUGAACAGCAGGCCAAACACCAGAGCAUGAUCCCCCUGUACCGCAGCCGUAGCCGCCAGCAGCCCAACUACCUCUACAUCUCGACGGGUACCAACACGGUGUCUGUGGGAGAAAGACUGUCUCUGAAGCUGAGCAUAAGCACAGGAGACGACGCCACCAGGGCACUCAUUAAACAAAUCACUUAUAUGGUGGUGAAUAAAGGUAAAAUCAUUCUUGCUGAGCGCAUAGAUGUGAGCGGUCAGUUACUCACCAGCGUUGGACUGACGGUCACACCGGAGAUGCUUCCUUCCUUCCGUUUUGUGGCGUAUUACUACACCUGGAGCGAGCGAGGGGAAGUGGUGUCCGACUCCAUCUGGGUGGAUGUGGUCGACUCCUGCGUUGGAGGGCUGAGCGUAGGGCCGGUAAACGGUGUUCAUCGGGACUACAGGCCUGGAAAGAUGCUGAGUUUUCAGGUCAGAGGAGAUCCAGGGGCAAAGGUCAGCAUGGUCGCCGUGGACAACGCCGUGUUUCUGCUCAACAAGGACAGACUCACACAGAGGAAGCUCUGGGACGUGGUGGAGCACAGAGACUUCGGCUGCACCCGUGGUGGAGGCAGUGAUCCCAGAGCAGUGUUCUCAGACGCAGGGCUGCUCUUCUCCUCUAGCGUCGGCUUGAAAACCCCAACCAGACAAGCCCUGCAGUGCCCAGGCAGAAGCAGAAGGAGGCGCUCUGCUGAGCUGCUGAAACGUAAAGCCCAGCUGGAGGAUUAUUACAAAGAGAAGCUGCAGCGUCGCUGCUGUAAGGAUGGCCUGAGGGAGAUCCCCAUGCCGUACUCCUGCACCAGACGCUCCCUCUACAUCACAGAGGGCUGGGAGUGCAUCCGGGCCUUCCGCUACUGCUGCGCCACAUACAGGAACCAGGAGUUUGACACGGAGAUUCCUACCACCCCACCACCCAUGACCACAGCUCCACCUACCACCACAGCUCCACCAAGACCAUCUUUGGUCGCCUUCAGGCCAUUUGGAUCAAUAGAUGUAUCUACACGAAAAAUACCCCUUACCAAGUAUAAUUUUGAAUGGACCCCUGUCUUGGCAGCACCUGAACCAAACUUUCGCUACACUAAUGUAAACAAAAUGGCAGGAACAGAAGUGGUGACGACAGCAGCCAGAGAGGAAGCGGUGGAGGAAGAGAUGGAGGUAGGCGGUUAUGAUGUGUAUGAGGACGAGGAGGAGUGGGAGUAUCUGGAUGAGACUGAGGUGUCUCUGCGGUCCAAGUUUUACGAGUCCUGGUGGAUGGAAGUGGACCUGCCCAGCCAGGCUGACAGAGAUGGGUUGGCCUCCCAGAAUGUGAACCACCCGUUACCUGACAGCAUCACGGAGUGGGGCAUUCUGGCAGUCAGCUCAUCAGCUCAAACAGGUUUCUGUGUUGCUGAACCGUAUAACGUCAGAGCGUGGAAGGACUUCUUUGUGGACCUGAGGCUGCCGUAUUCAGUGGCGAGGAACGAGCAGGUCGAGAUAAAAGCUGUGGUCCACAACUACGGAUACGAUGAUCUGCAUGUCAGAGUGGUGCUGAUGAAGACGGAAGGCAUGUGCAGCAUCGCCUUCAAAGACAGACACACCCAGGAGUUGACGCUGGCGCCCGGCUCCUCUGUGGCGGUGCCGUAUACCAUCGUGCCUCUGGUGGUGGGGAAGCUUCCUCUGGAGGUGAUGGUGGUCGGCAGAGACUUGAUGGGAGGAGACCGCAUCCAGAAGUUUCUACGGGUGGUGAUGGAUGGAGUGCAGAAGACUGAGGUUAGGAGUGUGGUGUUGAAUCCGUCUGCAGAGGGAGGAACACAGCUAGUACGUUUACGAAGGAUUGAACUGGAGUCUGUUGUGCCAAACUCUGUACCGGAGACUUUCAUCAAUGUCAGAGGGAACAUUCUGGCAGACAGCAUCGAUAACUCCAUCAGUGAGGACUCUCUGGCCUCUCUGAUCCGGAUGCCCGGAGGCUGUGUGGAGCAGAACUUGGCCUCCAUCACUCUGCCGCUCAUCGCUACUCUUUACCUGGAGAGAACGGACAACUGGGAGAGUGUCGGUGUGCAGCGGAAGGCUGAGGCUCUCCAGUACAUUAAGAGAGGCUAUGAGAACCAGCUGGCAUACAGGAAGAGUGAUGGAUCUUACCCUCCCUACAGGAGGGAAGGCGCAAGCACAUGGAUCACGGCGUAUGUGGUGAAAGUUUUCUCCAUGGCUUACUCCAUCAUCGGCGUCAAUGAGCAGCACGUGUGUGAGCCUCUUCUCUACCUGCUGAAAAACAAACAACAAAUCAGAGGAAACUUCAAAGAGGACAACCCGGUCUACGAAACCCACAUGACUGGUGGUAUGCGUGGUGAUGACCCUGAGUUAACCCUGACAGCCUUCGUCCUCGUAGCGCUCGCUGAGGCCAGGCAGGCUGGAAUCCGCUGCAGUGAUCCAGAAGUGAACACUGAGGCAGUCAUCCUGAAGACCACUAACUACCUAAAGAAGGCGCUGGUUCCUAUGGGGAGGAGACCAUACACCGUGGCCAUCGCCUCCUAUGCACUGGCUCUGAUCGGGGAGGAUCAGAAAUCCAAAGCGUUCCGGAAUUUAAUGAGAUUGGCUAUAGCUGGACAUUUUCCUGACAGACAUAACCAUUUGUUCUCUCUGGAGGCGACGGGCUACGCUCUGCUCGCUCUGAUCAAGUUGGGACGUAUGGCUGAGGCAGCAGCACCCUUUAAAUGGUUAAACAGCCAGCGGAGGAUAGGGGGAGGAUACGGAUCCACCCAGUCCACCAUGGUGGUGCUGCAGGCCCUGUCCGAGUAUCUGAUCCACCUACCUCCUCCCGCUGACCUCAGUCUGAAUGUAGACGUCAGGAUAACAGGACGAAGGGAGAUACGCUACCAUUUCAACCCAACGACCGCCUACGCAGCUCGAUCGUCCAGACUGCCUGCUGAUCUUGAUUUUGAAGUUGAGGCUCAAGGAAACGGUCAGGGAAUACUGGAGGUUGUGACUUAUUACAACCAGCUGCAUGAAGUGGAAGAGAAAAUGCCCUGUCAGCACUUUGAGCUCAACGUCACUAUUGAAGAAUCCAGCGAAAACCCUCCAGCAGAUGUCAUAAAAUCUUACCAGAUCACCAUCAAAGUGAGGGCGCUGGGACCCCGCGAUGUCAGGAUGGUCAUUCUGGAUGUCAGCCUGCCCACAGGGUUCACCCCAGAAAACUCAGACUUGGAGAUGUUGUCCAACUCAGUGGAUCGCUACAUCAACAACUUCAAGGUUGUUGACAACCUGAGUGACAGAGGCUCUCUGAUCCUGCACCUGUUCAAGGUGUCUCACAAAGAGCCAGAGAUCCUGAUCUUCAGGCUCCAGCAGAGCUUCAAAGUUGGCCUCCUGCAGCCCUCCUCAGUUACCGUCUAUGAGUAUUACAACCCUGAUCACCGCUGCAGUCGUACCUACAGCCCCAGAGAGGACAGAGAGGAGCUAACACAGAUCUGCAGGGACAACAUCUGUCGCUGCACGCAGGGUGACUGCUGCAUCUCCAAAACAGAUACUGAAAACUUCCCCAACAAAGAAAGGGAAACGUUUGCCUGCAAGAGUUUACACCACGUUUUCCAGGUAAAGGUGCUGAAUGUCAGCCAGAGUUACUACGACAAAUACGAGAUGGAGAUCACACAAGUCAUAAAGCUGGGUGUGGAGGCUGGAGUUGAAGUGGGACAAAGGAGGUUUUUCAUGUCUCAUGGAGGCUGCAGAGAUGAUCUGAACCUGAAGGAGGGCUCCCAGUAUCUCAUCAUCGGCCCCAAAGAUGACCAGUGGAACGUCGAUAGUGAAACCAACAAGUACGUCUACAUGUUAGGAAAGGACACCUGGGUGGAGCGCUGGCCUUCGUCUGCAGAGUGCUCCAGCAAUCCAAGCAUGCAAGCGAAGUGCAGGAACCUGGAUGAUACUGCGAAUGAACUGUCGCUCAACGGCUGCAGGCUGUAGAGAUGUCAUGUUGGAACGUUGGGAAAACAACUGUGCAACACAAAGAUCCAAUGCUCCUUUCAAACCUGCAAUAAGGAUGUAUCAACGUGUUCUCUGUUUUUUAGUUAAGAAUGAACUGAAGAUGCUUAGUUAUCGCCACACAGCCUGACAUUUUGCUUAAAACCUUUUUUCCUCAACAGAAAAAAAAGAAACAGUCUAGUUUUUUAUGAGUUUUAUUACUUAUACAGUAAAUAGAACAAUAACAACAACACACUACUUUUACAAUAUAAUAUGUAUCACUAAACUGAGAUCACAAUACAACUUUAUCUGAAUUUUAUCACUUUUAUUAUCAAGAAAAAAAUGCUGUUUAUACUCUACCACUUAAACCAAAUUAAAAAAAAAUCCUUAUCCAAAAAAUUCUGAUAUUGCACAAAUAUAACCUGAGUAAAUACAAAAUGCAGUUUUUAAAUUAUGAUUUAUUUAUUAAGGGGAAAAGCCAUCCAAACCUUCCUGGCUCUGUGUGAACACUAAUUCCUCCCUUGUUAAACAUGAAUUAACUGUGAUUAACCACGUUUUAGAAAGCUGAAUUCAGUUUCACGGUCCACAUCCAGACCUGGUUACUGCCAGACUUGUUGAAUGAAGAAAUCCCUUAAAUAAAACCUGUCUGACCAAAUUAAGUAGGCUAAAAGAUCUCCAACACAUCAUGGUGCCAUAUAAAGAAAUUUAAGAACAGGACAGGAACAAAGUCACUGACAUCUACCAGUCUGAAACGGUUACAAAGACAUUUCUGGGGCUUCAGGACCCUCCAAUGUAAUUAAAUGAAAACUAUUCUGCAAAGAUGAGUGGGACAACAUUCCUCCACAGGGAUGUAAAAGACUCAUCCAAAGUAUCUCAAAUGCAGUUGUUGCCACCAAGGAUGGAACAACCAGUUAUUAGGUUUAGGGGGAAAUGGCUUUUUUAUAUAGCCAAGAAGGUUUGAAUGGCUUUGUUUACUUAAUAAAUGAAAUAAUAAUUUGAAAACUCAGGUUAUUUUUGUCUAGUAUUAAAAGUUUUGAUGAUCUGAAACAUUUAAGACAAAUAUGCAAAGAAAAAUAAAUGAUCAGGGGACAAAAUGGGGCUUGAAAGUGGCGCACGCCACUUUCCAUGCAAAGGUUGUGAUUUAUAAAAAUAAUCUUGGCAGGAGAAUAUGCGCACCGGUACGUCAACUUUGAUCCUUGCGCACGAACAUUUUGGAGACGGGGGAAACUUGCAGUGCAUAUGGUGAGGUGUUGAAUUGAAGCCAGUUUCAUCUCAUACAUUUAAUGUCAUCACAUAUCAGACUUAUAGACCUGCGUAAUUAUAAACAGCCAAGUCUGCAGUGUUAUAGAUGUGUUCCUUUAGUAAUAAUAAUAAUAAUAUCUUGAAUUUAUAUAGCGCCUUUCAAGAAACCCAAGGACGCUUUACAGGAACACAUAGACAUGGACAAACUAUGUGAGGGGUAGGAUGAGUGUAAGGGGUGCUUUAGUAAGUCAUUAGGUCUACUACUAUAUGCACAAUGUUCAUAUAUCAUACUUUCAUCUUCAAAUGAUACAGAGCGGUGAUAGCACUGAUUGAUUAGUAUUAAUUGUGACAAGGUGUGUACAAUCAGUCUAACUGCUGAGUCAGCAUAGUACAGUGACACUCGUGCGUAAUGCUGCACAAUGGAUGCACUGGCACUGCUGGAAGAUCAUGCAAGUGGUAGGAUCAGGAUGGAGAGAGACUUUAGGGACCACGAAGAUUUUCUGGCCCAUGAUGAUGACUGGCUAAUAAGCUGAUUAAGAUUCCCUAGAGCAGUGCUCUUGGAUCUAUGUGCUGAACUGGGCCCAGUGUUAGACAGAACCACCUGCCAGAACCGCGCCAUCCCGGUGAAUAUACAGGUGCUGACCACUCUGGGAUUUCUGGCAACCGGCUCCUUCCAGCAGGAAUUAGGCUACAGGUAUGUGUUUGAUAUAAUUAACGAUACAUAAUUUUACAUUUUCUGUCUAAAACCCCUUUUGGGUAUGAUAUAAUACAGUUAAAUACUGUCCUUAGGUCUGGGAUAUCGCAGCCAUCCCUCAGCACACUAAAGCCAGCCAUUUUGGAUGGCAUUAUGAACAUGACCAGUCGACACAUCAGGUUUCCUUACACUGUGGGUGAACAGGCCAAGAUUAAAAGGCAAUUUGCAGUAAUGUCCGCUUUCCCAAAUGUAAUUGGCGCAAUUGACUGCACUCAUGUUGCUAUAAGGGCUCCGAGUGAAAAUGAAUUUGUCUAUGUGAACCCACAAAAAUGUGCACACAAUCAAUGUACAAAUUACUUGUACCUCAAACAUGGUUUUGACAAACUUAGUGGCACGGUGGCCUGGGUCAACACAUGACUCAUUCAUCCUGACGCACAGCAGUGAAGGGAACAGACUGCAGAUCACUCUGUGGCACUCAGUCACACUUUUUACAGCGGUGACGACGUUCUCCCACUCGCUUGUUUUUCUUUUAUUAGUGAUGCGACUACUGUGACCACCAAAUAAAAUGAUUUUUCUAGCCUCCACCUCACCCACAAGCACCUCUAUUUUAGUCUACGUGAAAUUCCUUUUCCUUGUCAUCUCUGCCAUGCAUAAAAUGCCGUCGAUCAGUAGGCUUAUUUAUAUGCAUAAACAUUCAUGAGGUACUUUGCAUUGACCAUUCAUGGUAAAAUGUGGGUGUGUAGAGGCCGGGAAGUGAGAUGAAUCCACCUGCGCAAUCUUCCAGGUGGACUGUGAUUUAUAAAGGGAAAAGUGCUUGGGAGUGUGCGCACGCACGGUUUUAUAAAUCAGAUUAUUUUUUGGCGCACGCCAUUUUCAGCUUUUGGGCGCACGUACACUUUUAGUAUGGAUCCUACGCAAUGUUUUAUAAGUGAAGGGAUUAAAUAGUAAUUUUUCACAACACUUGCUGAAUUCAUGUUAUGAGGAAGCUUCUAUAAAUAAUUUCAUAUAGGGGUGUCUUGAUGUUGUAUUCUAAGACUGUUAUGUCCUAAGAAUUGUAUGACAUCUGCUCAAAUAAACUAAACAUUGUUUGUGCUGCA